GAUAUCUGAGCGAGGAAGCUGAAGAAAAUGUCAGCCUCCACCAGUGACUGUAGUGCUCGUUUAAAUCAGUUCAAAAAUAAAGGAAAAGAUGCAAAUGAGUUAAGGCGAAGGAGAAUAGAGGUCAAUGUGGAGCUCAGAAAAGCAAAGAAGGAUGAGCAGAUUUUGAAGCGAAGGAAUGUGAGCUGUUUGCCAGAUGAUGCCUCAUUUUCUACACUCCAAGAACAAAAUCAAAAUGCACAGCAUUGGAGUGUUGAAGAGAUUGUCAAUGGUGUACAAAGCGAAAAUUUGGAUCAACAGCUACAGGCCACACAAGCUGCAAGGAAAUUGCUGUCCAAAGAAAAACAACCUCCUAUUGACUCCAUUGUAGAUGCAGGUUUGAUCACUGCAUUAGUAAACUUUCUUGCAUUCUCCCACUGUCCUCCCAUCCAAUUCGAAGCUAGCUGGGCCCUUACCAACAUCGCCUCUGGCACCUCAGACCACACAAGGGCUGUAGUGGAUGCUGGUGCCAUUCCAGCCUUCAUCACCCUAAUCAUGUCUCCUUAUCCUCAUGUCAGCGAGCAAGCCAUCUGGGCCCUUGGUAAUAUUGCUGGUGAUGGUUCUGCGUACAGGGACAAAGUAAUCAAACAUGGCGCCAUUGAGCCCCUGCUUGCACUGUUGUCUGUUUCCGAUCUGUCUGUUUUCACUCUGGGUUACCUGAGGAACUUGGCGUGGACUCUGUCGAACCUCUGCAGGAAUAAGAACCCGGCUCCUCCCCUGGCUGCAGUGCAGCAGAUGCUGCCAGCUCUGCUAAAACUUCUUUACUAUGAAGAUGCUGAGGUGCUGGCCGAUACGUGCUGGGCCAUUUCCUACCUCACAGACGGUCCUAACGAGCGCAUUGAGGUGGUGCUGCAGGCUGGCGUUCACCCUCGCCUCGUCCAGCUGCUUGCUUGCUCAGACAUAGCCAUCAUGACUCCAUGUUUGCGAGCACUGGGAAAUAUCGUGACGGGUACAGAUGAGCAGACUCAGAGGGUUCUAAAUGCCGGUGCAUUGACUCUGUUUCCAAUUUUGCUCCGACACCCGAAAAACAACAUUCAAAAAGAGGCGGCUUGGGCGCUGUCCAACAUCACGGCUGGGAAAGACUCGCAGAUCCAGGAGGUGGUUGAUGCUGGUCUGGUGCCACUGCUAGUGGAGGUGCUGCAGCAGGGUGACUUUAGGACUCAAAAAGAGGCUGUGUGGGCCAUCACCAAUUACACCAGUGGGGGUACGGUGCAGCAGGUGGCGUAUUUGGUUCAGUCUGGAGUCAUCAGCCCUCUUCUGAACCUUCUCUCAGUAAACGAGAGCAAGACCAUCAUGGUCAUCCUGGACGCCAUUUCUAAUAUUUUCAUGGCUGCAGAUAAGAUGUCUGAGACAGAGAAGGUUUGUAUGAUGAUUGAGGAAUGUGGAGGACUGGACAGGAUUGAAGCUUUGCAAGCUCAUGAGAAUGAGAUGGUCUACAAAGCAGCACUCAACCUCAUAGAGAAAUACUUCUCAGAAGAGGAUGAAGAGGAUCAAUGCGUGGCUCCUGAAGCUCACAGUGAUGGUUUUGCCUUCCAGAUUGCUGAUAACCAAAGCACUUUCGACUUCUAAAACACUUUCUCAUUCUACCACUCCACCUUACUUUUUAUACAGUUAUAAACAUUUUAUGCAAGUUUUGUAUAUAAAGACAUGCUCUUUUUACUCCAACCCUGUAAAUAAAUAUUUUAUUAUGAA